AUUAAUACGUUUAAGGGAACAGUCUCAAAAGUCAUGAAAUCUGUCAAACACAGACAAACUGCCCUUGCAAAGACGAGCAGCAGUCAGAUGAUGAAAUUUGCAGACACAUACAGACUGGACGGAAAACAGACACUGGCUCUCCUGGUCCUUGCCUCCUCCCGUUUUAUCAUUUACUUACUUCAUCCGUCCCCUUCUUCAGUGUGGCUCUAUUCAUAUCUCCUUGUCUAAUUUCAUUGUUCAGCCCACUUAUUUUUACUUGAUCCUUUGUUCAUUCUGGCUGCUUUUGCUCAAUUUACCCAUCCAUCACAGGAUAACUGAUAGUUGUCUCCUCGUAUUUUAACAUACUAUUUUUAAAACAUACCUGCACCUUCUUCUCCCUUAACAUCUCCCCAUCGUCUUCCCACUAAACCUUCCUUCAAUCUUUUCAUCUAUUAUUUGCUCCUCUUUAACCUAAGUGCCCUGUUCUUUCCCCUGGUCAUCCUCGGGCCUGGCCAGUUGAGAUCAGUAUGUGGUCCAACUUCUUUGUACAGCAGGAUGAGGAGGGUCGCAUCGGGGUGGCAGGGGCUGGACAAGGCGGGGGUUUGGGUGGAAUUAAAGGUGGAAGGGGACAGAGGAGGACCCACAAGAUGAGUGACAGCCAGGAGGGGAAGAUCAAGCUGGCGUUCUUUGUGUCUAUCAUUGGCGUGACCCUGACGGUGUUGGGCAUGGGGACAGAGUUUUGGGUGGAGCUGGCCCAACCAAAGAAUUUAAGCGGUAACCAGACCUGCCAGAUGGCCCAUUAUGGCCUGUGGAAGGGCUGCAUCCGCACCCUAUUGGUGGCUGACAUAGACCCAGAGAGGACAAGCUGUGGCCCCGCAGAACUACCUGGAGAAUCCAACUGCACCUACUUCAAAUUCUUCACCUCUGGGGAGAAUGCAGUCGUAUUCAAGAAGACAACUAACAAGAAUCUGAAUCUAGCAGCAGCUAUCUUGGCCCUUUUGAGCCUGACCAUGAUGGUAAUGGGCUCCAUCUGUAUCGCCAUGUCCCUCAGCAAAGGAGUGCCCUUCUUUCUCAAGCCGGCCUCCUUCUGUUUCAUCCUAUCAGGUGUACUGGUCCUUAUCUCUGUCCUGAUAUUCCACCAGUCUGUGCUAGCUUUGCUGUCCAGUGACCACUCUGUACCUUUACACCAUGAGCUGUCCUGGUCUGUGGCUUGCGUGGGCUCAGCAGGAGCUAUUCUCAUUAUUGGAGGUUUCCUCUUUAUCAUCCUCUCCCUUCCUUUCAGCCCCUGGCAGAAAUGCUUGCCACACAAGAAUAGCGCCACCUAGCACUUGAAUGCUAAAAUAUGCAUACAGUAUUCUUGAUGUCUUGUUUGAGAGCAAGUGGAAAAGUCCUUUUCCAGAGGGCUGUGACUUUGCUUGCUCUUGGCAUUUAAUGUGUCCAAGAAGUCAUACUAGGUCUUAAUCAAAUGUAUGAGGAGAAGUCAGCAACACAGUAAGGCCUCCAGAAUUUGUUUUUGCAAAUUUUUUUUAGUGUUCUUUAGUAGAAAAUAGGAGCAACGGGGCUACUGCUGACUGUUUAAUUUUUAGCUCUGUGUUGUGCUUACUUAAACAAGUGUCACAAAUAGGCUUGUUAGCCUGCCUAUAGCUGUACAGCCACACAUAAAUCUAGUCUUUCUGCUAGCAUAAGGAGAGUGAAUAAAAACUUUUCAAAUGCUCAGACUCGUUUCUAUUUUAAAACUUAUUUUAAAAGGGUAGUCUGUUUAAUAUGGAAGCCAGUUUCUGCCAAGAAAAUUUAAAAAAUGAAAAGUUAGCAACAAUUCCCCCAAAUUAAAAACUAAAUGUUGUUGCUUGUCCAUGCCCUCUAGAACAACACUGUUUUCUGACCUGACGCCCCUAUCGGCAGGACAACAUAAUUUGUCUGUGUCUUUCAAAACCGUUACAAAUCACUGUUAAAUCUGUUUUAUGAUGUUACAACGCUAUGGUUAAAGUUUGGUUAGGCUUAGGCAUUAAAACAACUUGGCUGGGGUUGGGGAAAGAUCAUGGUUUGGAUUAAAAUGGCUGCUUCAUUAAGGUUAGGGGACCUAUAUUGUCAAUAAUAAACACGUGUUUAAGGUUAGGGAACGAUCAUGGUCAUGCUUAAAAAACAACAACAUUGACUGUCGGUUGGAAAUGGAAAAAGAACAGCUGUCUCUCGUGUCCCAUGUUUUGUUGACCUCCUCCCUACAUGGACUAUCGUCAACUGACUUCCUUCUUUGCUCCUGUCAUAAUUACUACCGCUGCUUGAGGGCUUUGUCACUUGAAUGUCGGCAUAUGUCAUUUUGGGGCACUUGCUGAAAUGACUGAUGCUCCUGUAAUUCUUGGGAGGACAGUCUCAAAGUUAGACAUAAUACAAAAUUAUGAGAUUGUAAGUCAAAAUUUUGACUUACAAAGUCAAAAUACCAAGUCAGAAAGUUUGACGUACCAUCUCAUAAUUAUGACUUACCAUGAGUAUUUUUUUUUUAUCACGCUUAACUUUUCAUCUAUUUCUUUCAGGCGGAAAUGGGCUUCCAUAGUUUAAAAUUCCUAUCAGCAUCAGAAUGUAUCACCAUCAGAGGAGGAGGUCCUGAUUACUUUCAAAGAAGUUACUUUUCAUAUCUACAACAUGUUGCCUGAUUGAGUCAAUGAGUAUCCUUAAUAUUCUAGCCUAUGAAGCUUUUUAACACUUAAUACUUGAUAAACAACAGGCUUUAGUUGUCAUUAUUUAUUACUUACGUUUUACAACUAUUGGGUGAAUGCUGCUUCAGGUAUACCAGAUGAAUGUAUGUUGAAUGAAAUCAACUGUGAGAAGCGAUUAAAAUACCAUUUUGUAUAUCAGAGAAUUGUAUGGACUCACUUUAUAAGCUCAACUUUGUACAUAAACUGAAUGAAUGUGUUUAUAUUUUGUGAAUGGUCACUGUUUGUAGUGUUGUCUCCAGUCACUUUAUUUGCAAUAUCUAUGCCGUAAAUACACUUUAUUUUUGUCAUAGGAUGCUCACCUUAUCUCUCUACCAGGAAAUGCUAUUUUACAAAACAUAUGCUGUGCUCAUUUCUACUCAUAUAUAUGUACAGUAUGUGGCGGCAGUUUUACUUAUCAUUAAAGGGAUUUGACAUAAAA